GAAGAGGACUGAAGCAAAAGCUGCAGUGACUGCAGUGGACAGACGCGCGGUGAGAUCCCAGUAAGCGCUCACUGGUUCAUUUUUCCAGACGGAGUUUCAGUUUGAGAUGGAAAGGAAAACCAGAAUCUAGGCUUCGUCGGGAUUCUUGCCUUGUUUUCACUUGUGUGUCCAGUCCAGCAGAGCAGAGGCUCGGGUUCAUCAUGUUCCACCUGCUGACGGAUCAAACGGUGAAUGGCAGCUGUCAGGGAGCCUCCCCUGAGUGUAAAAAAAGCGCUGUUGGAGACGCGCUCCAGCUGCCCACUUUUUCCACAGCGGCCAAAGUCAGAGUGAUCAUCACAUUCACGCUGUGCGCAAUAUCAGCCGUGUGCAACUUGCUUGUGCUGUGGGCCGCCAGCAAAGGCGGGAAGCGCAAAUCCCACGUCAGGAUCCUCAUAAUGAACCUGACAGUGGCGGACCUACUGGUGACUUUUAUCGUGAUGCCCGUGGACGCAGUGUGGAACAUUACAGUGCAGUGGCAGGCGGGAGAUGCCGCCUGCAGGCUGCUGAUGUUCAUGAAACUGGUGGCAAUGUACUCCUGCGCGUUUGUAACUGUGGUCAUUAGUUUGGACAGACAGUCUGCCAUUCUCAAUCCUCUGGGUAUCAGCGAGGCCAAAAGAAAAAGCAAAAUCAUGUUAACUGUGGCGUGGACCAUGAGCGUGGUCCUCUCGCUCCCACAGAUGUUUAUAUUCCACAAUGUGACCAUCACAGUCCCGGAGAACUUCACUCAGUGCACCACUCACGGCAGUUUUGUCGAGCGCUGGCAGGAGACCCUCUACAACAUGUUCACAUUUGUGUGCCUCUUCCUCCUGCCUUUGGUCAUCAUGAUUUUUUGCUACACACAAAUCCUUGUUGAGAUUUCCAGCCGCAUGGCUCGGAGUAACAUGUUAUCAAAAGAUAUUCAUCUUCGUCGCUCACACAACAACAUUCCCAAAGCUCGGAUGAGGACUCUUAAGAUGAGUAUCGUCAUUGUGACUUCAUUUAUCAUUUGCUGGACCCCGUACUAUCUGCUUGGCCUGUGGUAUUGGUUGUUUCCAGAAAAAAUGGAGGAAACAGUGUCUCAUUCACUAACUCACAUGUUGUUUAUAUUUGGUCUCUUCAACGCGUGUCUAGACCCCAUCACGUAUGGCCUGUUUACAAUUCAUCUUCACCAGGGAAUGAGGAGAUGCCGCAGAAGUUCAAACACAGGGACUGAGUUAGAAAACAACACUUGCCUUAUGCAGAUGUCCUGUUUUUCAUCUCAGAGGCAGAUUAUUCCAGGGGGCCUCAGUAAGCAAACAGAGGAAGCAAAUGACAACAGCAGCACAAAAAAUGCCUCAAGCCCAAUUAUUUCAGUGAGCAAGAUAUAAUGGCUUUAAUAAUUACAAGAAGAAAAUUGGUUUCUCUUUCUCUAGAAGCAGUUGAGAUAUCCUUUAGUGAUAUCUUGCCAAAUCAUUUGCAUUAAAGCUGAAUACUUGUUUAUUCUGUUUAGUUUAUUCAUACUGUGGUCUCAGUAAUAUUUUGGAUACCACCAAAUGGUGCAGAUUUAUCAACGCAGACCCUUGUGGGGAAGCUUAACAUUUGAUUUAAUAAUAAAUCAACUUAAAGUUGCCAAAAGCGAACUAAAAAUGUCUUAAACCCUUAUGUUAGUGUACUCCCUGCAGCAGUGGCUUUUAAAAAGGAUAUAAAUGAUAAAAGAUAUAAUCUGAGACAGAUGCACAACACAGGUGCUGUUCUUUAGUGAGAGGAUCUUUAAUUUCUAAAGCACGUAAAAAAUAAUGCAUCAGGACAAACAGGAACCUCUAACCUGCUUUUAGAGGAAAACAACAAACAAUAACCAUAAACUUACCCAAGCAAUUUUGUGCUCUUGUGAUUGUUUUACUCGCUGUGGGCUCAGUUAUUUGCUCAGUUAUAAAGUCUUGCACCUCUGCAGGCAUUUCAUCAGCAACACACAGAUGAAUUUGGUCAUUUCAACGAUUUUUUACAAAAUAUAAAUGUG